CCGCACCCCCACUGUCUUGGCAUCAGCAGGACUGCCAGGCAAAUUCUCCCCCCUCACUCCCCAGAGCUGGCUCUGACUAUCCUUUGCUGCUUCUGCUCACCUCAGGGACCCUCCUAGCCGAGCUUCGAGAAUACAAUUUGGAGCAGCAGCGGCAAGCCCAGUGUGAGAUCCUGUCUCCAGAUGGGCUGCCUGAAGAGCAACCCCAGACUACCCGACUGAAAGGAAAGAUGCAGAGCAGGUUUGACACAGCUGAGAAUGUGGUGAUCGUGGCAUCUCAGAAGCGCCCACUGGGCGGUCGAGAGCUCCAACUGCCGUCCAUGUCCAUGCUGACGUCAAAAACGUCCACGCAGAAGUUCUUCCUGCGUGUGCUGCAGGUCAUCAUUCAGCUCCGAGAUGACACACGCAGAGCUAACAAGAAGGCCAAGCAGACAGGCAGGCUAGGCACCUCCAGCCUGCGCUCGGCUAGCAGCAUCCAAGCAGCUGUUCGGCAGCUGGAGGCUGAGGCUGAUGCCAUUAUACAAAUGGUAUGUGAGGGUCAAAGGACGCGGAGACAGCAGCAAGCAGCAACGUCGGAGUCCAGCCAGUCUGAGAUUGCUUCCCGGAGGGAUGAGUCUCCCAUGGAUGUGGACCAGCCAUUCCCUGCUUCUCAAGAUACGCAGUCCAUUGGCUCCGAAGGAAGCCAUCAGAGCGAGAAGGAGAAAGAAGAGAGACCCCCUGAUCUUCCCCUGCUUAGUGAGCAGCUGAGCCUAGAUGAACUCUGGGACAUGCUGGGCGAGUGUUUGAAGGAGCUCGAAGAAUCCCAUGAUCAACAUGCAGUGCUAGUGCUGCAGCCUGCUGUCGAAGCCUUCUUUCUGGUUCAUGCCACUGAACGGGAGAGUAAGCCACCUGUUGGGGACACGCGGGAAAGCCAGCUGGCUCACAUCAAGGAUGAGCCACUGCCACUCUCCCCUGCUCCUUUGACCCCUGCCACCCCCUCUUCCCUGGACCCCUUCUUCUCCCGAGAGCCCUCAUCUAUGCACAUUUCCUCCAGCCUGCCCCCAGACACACAGAAAUUUCUUCAGUUUGCAGAGACUCACCGCACUGUGCUAAAUCAGAUCCUAUGCCAGUCCACCACCCAUCUCGCAGACGGGCCCUUUGCUGUCUUAGUGGACUACAUCCGCGUGCUCGACUUCGAUGUUAAGCACAAGUAUUUCCGCCAAGAGCUAGAGCGUCUAGAUGAGGGAUUCCGGAAAGAAUACAUGGCUGUGCAUGUCCGCCGUGACCAUGUGUUUGAAGACUCCUACCGCGAGCUGCAUCGAAAAUCCCCAGAGGAAAUGAAGAAUUGAUUGUACAUAGUGUUUGAAGGAGAAGAAGGCCAGGAUGCUGGGGGCCUCCUCUGAGAGUGGUACAUGAUCAUCUCCCGAGAGAUGUUUAAUCCCAUGUACGCCUUGUUCCAGACCUCACCCGGCGACCGGGUCACCUACACCAUCAAUCCCUCCUCCCACUUCAAUCCCAACCAUCUCAGCUACUUCAAAUUUGUCGGGCGCAUUGUGGCCAAGGUUGUAUAUGACAACCGGCUUCUAGAGUGCUACUUCACCCGAUCUUUCUACAAGCACAUCCUGGGCAAGUCAGUCUGGUACAUAGAUAUGGAAAGUGAGGACUACCACUUUUACCAGGGCCUGGUUUACUUGCUGGCAAAUGAUGUUUCCACUCUUGGCUAUGACCUCACUUUCAGCACUGAGGGAAAUCUAAAAUGUAGAAACAACAGCCCACUGGGGCUUUUCUUUCCUACAGGAGCUAUCCGAAAACAGUCGGCAGCCUUUUUGGAGGGUUUCCAUAAGAUCAUCCCCAAACGCCUCAUUUCCAUCUUCACGGAGCAGGAGCUGGAACUUCUCAUCUCAGGACUGCCCACCAUAGACAUUGAUGACCUGAAAUCCAACACCGAGUAUCACAAAUACCAGUCCAACUCCAUCCAGGUGAGUGACCCCUCAGCAGGUGCCCCGGCCCUCUUCAGUUCUCAGGCUCAUCCCUAGGGAAAUCUCCCAAUGGUACUGACGAUGAACAUGAACAGCAAGCGUGGCAAGGCGGAUUAGAAGGAAGGGCCCUGAGACCCUGUUGGAAUGAUGGACCUCCUGGAGCUGAGAGGUUGAGCAUCCCUCACACAUGGUCAAGGCAUGCCUUUGGGAGCAGGACAUCUUCCCUUGAUGGCCAAAGAGAAUCUUGGGAAUGAGCAUCACUUCCUUGGCCAUAAUGCUUGACACCUCCCUCUCAUUUUCUUUUGCUGAAUGAGCAAAAACCACAGAAUUGCUGUUCUGACAAGGACUUUAAGAUACCAGCUAGCCUGAAGAUCCGUGUGUCAAUAAGAGAAGGAAAUGGGCUCAUAUGUGGGCAGUUAGGGACUUCAGAUUAGAAUGGGCUGGAGCGAGAAAGGGGCUAGUAAGUGCCUACUAUGUGCCAGGCACUGGGCUAAGUCUUGUCAGGAGACAAAAGCAAAAACCAUCUUAGUUCUCAGGGGCUCACGUGAUCAAUUAGAAAUGAUUAAGAAAGAAAAACAGCAGGAUGCCAGGAAUUGGGAAAGCGUUCCUCUAAAAGAUGGGUGUUUAUUUAGCUGGGACUUAACCCUGUUCCAUCUUUGUUGCUGACCUCCAACCUCCCAUCUCCAGUUGCCUCCAACA